AUGGAAUUGUACUUGUAUUUUUUCUCAUUUCUUCACUUUUAUCAGUGUGGCCAGGGUGCGCAACCAUAUUUUCCACCACAGAUCCUCUUUUUCGCCAAUGAAAACACAUUGUAUGCUAUUGAUGAAGUGAAUCAACGCGCUUACAAAUCCGCCUCUCCUAGUAUUAAGCAAUCUGAAACAGCCUAUGCAUUGAAAAACUUUCCGUAUGCAAUUCCUGAUUCACCACAAUCGAAACAUUAUGUACAAUUAUUAGAAGGCUUUCCCAAUAUCGGUUGUAUUUAUGGAACAUAUUGGGAACACGGUGGAAGUACGUUCAAUGCAUUUCCUUCACAUUGGCAAAAUGUAACAUCGUUCGAAAUAAAAAAUUUCAUUGACUUUAAAUAUCCAAUGAUACACUCAACAAAUUCGUCUGUCUACGAAGAUUACUGGUAUUCCAAUCAAACAUGUCAUCCAGAAGGUCCUGAUGACGUCCCAUGUGAGGAGAUUUACUUUCGAAAAAAUACCGAUAUUCCAGUGCGAUUUACACAAGUUAUUGAAACACCGUGGGAAGUUCGACAAUUUACCACCGAAUAUUUAGUUAUCUCAGUUGGUGAACCAGAUGAUAAAUAUUUCAAAUCUAUACCUAAAGAUUGGGCAGUGACAUGUCGAGACGUGAUGCUCGGAGUUUCUUAUCAACCUCAAACCGUGAAAAUCAAUCUGAACGAAAGCGUCAACAUAGAAGUAUGGCUUCCGACACCUCCACAUCGAAUUAAUGGAAGCGAUAUUGCUUCUAUCCGAUGGAAAGCAGACGAAUGUUCAAAUUGUUUGACUUGGAUGCCGAACGAAAUGACUUUUACGGAAGAAAAUUUCCAAGAACGACAAACAUUGAAAAUUACUCGUUUAAAAAAGUCUCCAACAUUAAAACUUGUUCCCAUAAUUAAUGGCGGUGGUUUCGAUCUUGUGCCAGUAAAGAACUAUACUAUUGCAAUUGAAUAA